CUAUCUGAUUUUUGCAUGCGCUUGAGGAGUGGAAGAGUAAUUGGUGAUAUAGAGGUAAACGGUAGCAACUCUGAGGUAAGUGUGUCUGAACCCAAUUCUUUUAAUAGCGAGUUUGUUGCUGAGUCUGAGGAUAGACCUGCCAAUUUGCUUGCUGUUGAUUUGUUUGAUUCUUGUUCUGAUAGCAUCUUUGAUAAUCUUUUUGAAAUAAAAUCUGAACCAAAGAUGACAACUUUAAGAGAAUUGGCAGCCCCUAACCUAAAUGUUCAACCGCUUUCUAUCACAUAUGCUGAGCUAGAAAAGCCUUUGAAACUGAAUUCUGGCUUCAUAAAUUUACUUCCAAAAUUCCAUGGUCUUCUUGGAGAGGAUCCCUUUAGGCACAUCUCUGAAUUUCUGAUUACUUGUGGUGCUAUGGUGCCUGAAGGGGUUGCUCAAGACCAAAUAAGGUUGAGGGCUUUCCCGUAGCUUAUAAGGCAAAGGACUGGUUGUACUACAUGCCAGCCGGUUCUUUCACUACUUGGAAUGCUCUACACAAAGCUUUUUUAGAAAAAUAUUUUCCAGCUUCUAGGAUAGGUUCAAUUAGGAAAGAAAUAUGUGGGAUUAAACAAAUGAUUGGGGA